CUUCACUAUGAAGGGAAUCAUACUUGCGCUAGCGCUCACCCUUGUAGGAAGCCAGAAGUUUGACAUUGACCCUGGAUUCGGCAGCAGAAGGAGCCACGUGUACAGCUAUGAAGGCUGGGUGUUGAAUGGGCUUCAAGAAAAAGGUUUGGCCAAAGCUGGUGUGCGCUUGAGCUGCAAACUAGAGAUCAGCGAGCUGUCAGAGAACACUUACCUCCUCAAGAUCCGCUCUCCACAGUUUGAGGAAUACAAUGGCAUCUGGCCCAAGGACUCAUUUACUCGAUCUUCCAAAAUCACCCAGAUGGUUUCUUCAUGUUUUACCCGGCCUUUCAAGUUUGAAUACAGUAGUGGACGGAUUGGAAACAUUUACGGACCAGAAGACUGCCCCAAUAUAUGUGUUAACAUAGUGAGAGGAAUACUGAAUAUGCUGCAGAUAACCAUUAAAAAGUCACAGAAUGUGUACGAAUUGCAAGAGGCUGGGAUUGGAGGUGUUUGCCACACAAGGUACAUCAUCCAGGAAGACAGGAAGAACAGCAGAGUCUCUGUAACCAAAACUGUAGACCAAAAUAAUUGCCAGGAGAAGGUGAAGAAGAGUGUUGGAAUGGCUUACAUUUACCCUUGUCCUGUUGACGUGAUGAAGGGAAGGCUCAUAAAAGGGACUGCAGCUUUCUCCUACAAACUGAAGCAGACAGACAGCGGUACCCUCAUCUCGGAAGUGGUAUCGCAGCAGGUGUAUCAGAUCUCACCUCUCAGUGAACCUACUGGUGUUGCUGUCACGGAAGCAAAACAACAACUCACCUUGCUUGAAGUGCGAAGCGAACGGGUGAGCGCCCCGGAAAUUUCCAUGCAGAGCUACGGAGGCCUUCGUUACCAAUUCCCAUCAGUAUUGCCACAGAUGCCACUGCAGCUAAUCAAGACAAAAAACCCCGAGCAACGGAUAGUAGAAACACUGCAACACAUAGUCCUGAAUAACCAACAAGAUUUCCACGACGAUGUGCCGUACAGAUUCUUGGAGCUUGUCCAGCUCUGCCGGAUAUCAAGCGCUGAUACCCUUGAGUCCAUCUGGAGACAAGUUUCAGACAAACCCCGCUACAGGCGAUGGCUGUUGAGUGCAGUUUCUGCGACCGGCACCGCAGAAGCGCUCAAAUUCAUUAAGACCAGAAUUCGCAACGAUGACCUUAGCUACCUCCAGACUCUUCUAAGUGUUUCUUUUGCUCUCCAUUUAACGAAAGCUGAUGAACAGACUGUUCCAAUAGCAGCAGAUUUAAUUACCAGUUCUCGAAUUCAGAAAAGUCCCACGCUUCAGCAAGUUGCCUGCUUGGGAUACAGUUCUGUGGUCAACAGAUACUGUUCUCAGACCUCAGCUUGUCCUAAAGAAGCUCUUCAGCCCAUCCAUGACCUGGCAGAUGAAGCGAUCAGCAGGGGCAAAGAAGACAAAAUGAAAUUAGCUCUGAAGUGCAUUGGUAACGUGGGAGAACCAGCCAGCAUCAAGCGCAUCCUGAAGUUCCUUCCCAUAUCUUCAUCCAGUGCUUCUGAUAUCCCUGUCCACAUUCAAAUUGAUGCCAUAAUGGCCUUAAGAAAAACAGCUUGGAAGGAUCCCAAAACAGUGCAGGGUUAUCUCAUCCAGAUCCUUGCAGACCAGUCUCUUCCUCCUGAAGUGCGAAUGAUGGCCUGUGUGGUUAUCUUCGAGACGAGGCCUGCCCUUUCUCUUAUAACCACGAUAGCUAACGUAGCGAUGAAGGAGAGCAGUUUGCAAGUGGCCAGUUUCGUGUAUUCCCACAUGAAGGCGUUGUCAAAGAGCAGUUUGCCGUACAUGUACAACAUCUCUUCGGCUUGCAACAUUGCCCUCAAGCUGCUGGCUCCCAAACUGGACAGGCUGAGCUAUCGGUAUAGCAAGGUCAUGAGUGUUGGUGGUUACUUUGAUAACUAUAAAAUUGGUACUGCUGGAGAUGUCUUUGUUAUGAACAGCCCAGGAACGAUGUUCCCAUCAGCAAUUAUUUCCAAGGUGAUGGCAUAUUCUGCAGGAUCAGUGGCUGAUGUGGCGGAGGUUGGUGUGCGGGUGGAAGGCCUAACAGAUGUCAUCGUGAAAAAAAAUAUCCCGUUUGCUGAAUAUCCCACAUACAAAAAGAUAAAAGAGAUUGGAAAAACUCUGCUGGGAUGGAAGGAGCUACCAACAGAAACCCCCUUGAUAUCAGCCUAUAUUAAACUAUUUGGCCAAGAGCUGGCCUAUGCUAACGUCAAUAAGGAAGUCCUGCAGCAGGCUAUGAAGACUCUGCUAGAACCUGCUGACAAGAGCACAGCGAUUAAGAAAAUCGUCAGCCAAAUCCGAAGCGGCAUUGCAGGGCAAUGGACACAGCCGGUGUGGCUGGGAGAGCUGCGAUACAUCGUUCCUACCUGCACGGGUCUGCCGCUGGAGUACGGGUCCUACACGCCUGCGCUGGCACGUGCGGCCGUCAGCGGUGAGCUGGGAC